CAGGCACGCAACGUCAUGACAAGCUCCGAGAUAACGGCGUGGCUGAAGACUGAGCUGGUGAGCGCGUUGGGCUUCGCGGAAGUAGAUGAGAUCGUCAGCUACAUCACGAGCACAUUCCAGUCCAGGCAGGAGGCGUCUAGCUACCUCAUCGAGCUGUUGGGAAUCCCGGCUGGUCGGGCAGAGCACAUCAGCACACGGCUGUUCUCUUCUGAGCCGUCGGCUGCCAAUUCUGUCAACGGAGGGGCGGUAGCUGUAUCCCAAAUACAGGAGGGACUGGUACCUCGACCUACAGCGGUGAACUCGCGUCUCAAGCCCAGCAAGAAAGGCAAGAAAGGGACUUCGGCGCUACUCAACAACGCUCUCAUUAUCAAUUGCCUGCGCUGCGGACGCAUUGAGUACAAUGGCGGGCGCCGCUGCGCUUUCUGCGAUACUGAACUGCACUAUGAGGCGGAUGCAGCCACAGCCGACCAAGCUGCGCAGCAGCACAUGGAGGAGCUUGUGCAUCUCGACGAGACGGGUGCCGAGCGCAUGGUGGUGCUGGAUGCCGAACAGUAUUUCUACGACGAGGAGCAAAUCGAGAAGCACAGCAGCGACAAUCCCAGUAGCGCGAGACGUCCUAUCACGAUGGCGCUGGAUCUGGAAAACAGGCAGUUCGUGGACGUCAAGAUCACGCGAAACGAGCAGCUUGCCAAGGACGCAAGGGAGCUGGUGGAAGGCGUCCAGCGCAAGAUGCACAAGGGCAAGCGCGGGAAAGGCAGCCUCCAUCAGCAGACGGAGGCUCCGUCCACUUCUGGUGGCAUCCGCGAGGCGCUCGUGGUGGUGGACGACUCGUACAAUCUAGUUUUCGUGUAG